AUGACAGAGAAGCUGGCAGACUAUGAAAAACUCCUGAAGGACUUGAUGUCCCGAGUCGGCGAUGCAGAUGCAAGCCUCAUUCGCGCUUCUCUAGAGAAAGAGACCCUCGACGAUCCCGACGAGCCGUCUAUUGAUUCAAGGACCGACGCAAGCGUGCCAAUCGUUGAUGGGAUUGACGCCGAGUCCGAAUCCGGUGCCGAAUCUCUGGCCUCAGCCGGCGCGGGGUCUACGGGUGCCCUAGAUCGAACAAACGAGGACUUCACCCGCGAAGAGGCACGAUCCACCGGCUUCAUGGGCAAAAACUCUGAGAUAACGUGGCUCCAGCGUGUGCAGGAGGAAAACAAAUAUGGCGAUGAUGAACCUGCUCCUCAUGGAGGCGAAGCGCGGCAGCGAAUGGGAAGCACCUCCGCCGCCUCGCUCACUUCCAGCCGGGCUCCAGGCGAUCCACAGAUGCCAUUAGCGGAGGCAGAUCUCGGCUUCUCCAUCAACGACACUAGCUAUCACCUAGAUGACGUUCCCAUCACCACCUUCGAGGCUGUCGACCCUUACGAAAUGCCUAGCCGCGAGACUGCCCAACACUUGUUCAAUGCCUAUAUCGCGAGGGUUCACCCCUCCUUCCCUAUUGUUGGGAAACUGAACUUAAGCAACCAGUUCCAAAAGUUCAUCUCUGGCACCGUGCAGAGACCGCCAGAGAAAUGGCUAGCCAUCAUCAAUCUCAUCUUUGCAAUCGGUGCCACAUACUCUCACCUCAUCGAGGCUGAAUGGGCAGGUGACGAACGAGACCAUCUGAUCUACUUCACAAGAGCCCGAAUGCUUAGUAUGAAUUCCGAGACCAUCUUUCACCACCCCGAUCUACAGCAGAUCCAAAUACUUGGCCUGAUGACUUUCUACCUGAUGUGUAUCAGCCAGAUCAACCGGGCAUGGAUUUUGAACGGCAUUGCCAUUCGAGAGGCCGGUGCGCUGGCCAUGAAUAUGCGGAAUGAUAGUGUCAACCUCAAAGAUUCCCUAAAAGAAAUCCGCUAUCGUGUCUGGUGGGCGCUUUAUACCCUCGAGCAUCGCCUUUGCAGUAUGACUGGACGAGUUAAUUGUAUUCUUGAUGACCACUGCACCGCGCCGCUCCCUGCUCCUCUUGAAGAAGAACAGUUUGAGACUGCUGAAGGCCUAUACCUUCUCAGCAAGGAGAGACAACGGGGCGAUCGUGCACCGUCGUCAAAUCCGCAGUCGCCGGGUGUCCUGUCCACAACACCAUCCAGUGACCGUUCACGUUCCCAGAACAACAUCGACUCCAGAUCACCGUCCACCGGUAACCGGGGACGAGACCUUGAGUGGGCUAAAGACAUACCGCCGAAUUCUUCAUUGUACUUUCUUCAUCUGGUGCAAUUGGCGAGGUUGACCCAAGACAUCUUCCACAAGCUUUAUAACCCAUCCUCCAUCACUGGGUCGUGGUCGGAUGUACAAGCCAAGAUCAAGGAACUAGACGAGCGACUUGAGCAUUGGUAUCGAAGAUUGCCCCCUGCGUUUGUUUUCCGCCGGAAACAACGUGGCCGAAACUCGUAUGAGGCCCGACUGGCUUUGGGCUUCACCUUCUUUGGAGCAAAAAUGGCCAUUCAUCGACCCUGCCUUUGCCGGCUCGACCGCAAGAUACCUCAUCAGUCCAGCAAGUCUCUUGAUUUCAACCGAAUCUCAGCGCUGGCGUGUGUGGAAGCAGCCAUGGAACUCUUGCGUUCCAUUCCCGAUGAGCCUAAUGCCGUUGGCUUGAUGAGAGUUGGCCCCUGGUGGUCUAUCCUGCAUUUCUUGGUGCAAGCCACCACGAUCUUGAUGCUCGAGAUUUCUUUCCGAGUUAAUCAUAUGCCAGAGGCUGCAGACCAAGUUUUUGAGUCUGGGAAAAAGAGCAUUAGAUGGCUUCACGCUUUAGGAGAAGAAAAUGCGUCUGCAAAGCGAGCAUGGGCUCUGUGCUUUCCCGUGUUCCGAGACUCGUGCAAAAGGAUCGGGCUGGACGCCUCAGACCUGCCACAUGAUCCACCAGGGAAGUACUCUCCUGCCCAUCCCAAGGCUGCUAUGCCCGACUUCGGAUUCUCGCAAUCAAUAUUUGCACCAGCCACUAUACAGAGUACAAUGUUUCCACCAGCUUCCAACGCUCAAUCCUUCGCCAUGUACGAUUCCAUGAUGCAAUAUGAUCAGUACUUCCCCCCAGACCUAAUGAUCGAUCAACAUCAGCAGGGCAAUCCACCUACUGAUGCUGAGAUCGAGUUCAUGAGUAGUGUGUAUCACGAUAACCAAGGUCACGGACAGUCUGGAUCAUCACAGCCUGGACCAUUGGGUGGACAAAGUAGUCGGCAGAUUUUCUAG